UGUAGGAGUCAGAGUGACACACUCCCGUUCUGCCCUUCUCCCUACUUCUCUUAUCAUAGCCUUCAGUCAUAAAACAGGGCUUUAAAACACACUGAACACACUGCUCUCACACACACACACGGAUCGAUCUCUGCAGUCAGUCAGCGUCCUGUGGUUUGGAUGUCCGUCAGCAGCCAUAACUCACAGGGAUUUUGUCUGGCUUCAGCAGUGUUUCAGGAGGAGAGAGGUAGAGGAUGUCGGAGAGUCGAGGGACAAAGGCGUUCGGGCUGAAUGGAGCCUCAAAACACCAGUCGGCAGGUUCGGGCCAACAGCAACGGGGCGCCACCGUUAGCUUUCACAACAUCCACUACAAAGUGACACAGGGACGAGGCUGUCUGUGUCUGAAGAAGGGUAUGACCAAAAAUAUCCUCAUCGAUCUCAAUGGGAUCAUGAAGCCGGGUCUGAACGCCAUCAUGGGAGCGACAGGAAGCGGAAAGUCAUCGUUCUUGGAUGUUCUGGCUGCCAGGAAGGACCCGACGGGCCUGUCGGGGGAGGUUCUGAUUGAUGGAGCUCCUCAGCCCGCGAACUUCAAGUGUCUGUCUGGAUAUGUGGUGCAGGACGACGUGGUGAUGGGAACUCUGACGGUCAGAGAGAACUUCAGCUUCUCUGCGGCGCUGCGUCUGCCGACGUCCAUCGCUCAGGAGGAGAAAGACCAGAAAGUCAACAAGCUGAUCCAGGAGCUGGGACUGGGCCGGGUGGCCGACUCCAAGGUGGGCACUCAGCUGAUUCGUGGGAUCUCCGGUGGUGAGAGGAAGAGGACGAACAUUGGCAUGGAGCUGAUCAUCGACCCGUCCGUCCUCUUCCUGGACGAACCCACCACAGGCCUCGACGCCAGCACCGCCAACUCAGUGCUGCUGCUGCUCAAGAGGAUGGCAAACAACGGUCGUACCAUCAUCCUGUCCAUCCACCAGCCUCGAUACUCCAUCUACCGCCUGUUCGACAGCCUCACGCUGCUGGUCAACGGCAAACAGGUUUACCAUGGUCCGGCACCGAGAGCUCUGGAGUAUUUCUCAGACAUUGGAUACACCUGUGAGCCCCACAACAACCCCGCUGACUUCUUCCUGGACAUCAUUAACGGAGACUCAACUGCGGUUGCCCUCAACAGCUUGGACAGCGAAGACCCAGAUUCAGACUCUGUGUCGUUAUCCAGACAGGGGAUUGAGGACAAACUCGUAGAAGAAUACAGAAACUGCCACUACUACAAACAGACCAAAGCAGAGCUUGAAAGCAUAAUUCAGGGUAAGCCGACAACCACCACCGCUCCCUCCAGAACCGUCACCUACAACACCAGCUUCCUGACACAGUUCAGAUGGGUUCUCAAGAGGACGUUCCGCAACCUCAUGUUAAACCCUCAGACCUCCAUCGCUCAGGUAGCGGUGACCUUGUUCCUCGCUCUGGUUGUUGGAGCCAUUUUCUUUGGUGUCAAGGAGGAUCAAAGUGGAAUGCAGAACAGGUUUGGUGCGCUCUUCUUCAUUGUCGUGAAUCAGUGUUUCAGCUCGCUGUCAUCUGCUGAACUCUUCAUCUCAGAGAGGAAACUCUUCAUUCACGAGUAUAUCAGCGGUUACUACCGGGUGUCUGUGUACUUCCUGUCUAAGAUCCUGUCUGACAUCAUCACGCUGCGGACCAUCCCCGCCAUCGUCUUCAGCUGCGUGGCGUACUUCAUGAUCGGUCUGAAGCCGACGGCUGAGGCCUUCUUCCUCUUCAUGUUCUCCGUGACUCUGGUCGCCUACACGGCCACCUCCAUGGCUCUGGCCAUCUCUGCUGACCAGACGGUGGUGGCCAUCGCCAACAUCUUCAUGACCAUCGCCUGCGUCUUCAUGAUGAUCUUUGCUGGUUUACUCGUGAAUCUUCCCUCUAUCGUCAACUGGCUUGCUUGGUUGAAAUACUUGAGUAUACCACGAUAUGGCCUCGCUGCUCUGCAGGUUAACGAGUUCUCUGGGCUGAACUUCUGUCAGGGGUUAAACAGCAGCAUUAUCCCACCUGGACUUGUUUGUACGGGGGAGGAGUUUCUGGAGGAGCAGGGGGUCGAUUACUCCACCUGGGGCUUCUGGCAGAACCACGUAGCUCUGGGCGUCAUGACCUUCUGCUUCCUCACCAUUGCUUACCUCAAACUGCGCUUCAUCAGGAAGUUCACCUAGACCUUCAUCACCUUCAUCAUCAUCAUCACCACUGUCAUUGUCAUAUAAUCUAUGAAGCAGAUUAUCAAAACUCAGGAUUUAUAAUGUUGUUUAAUCCCAACUAGGGUUAGUUUGUUUACUUUUACAGUUUGAUUCUUGUGAUAAAAUAUGAAACAGAUCCUCUAACACUGAUAGCUGUUUGUAAAAUAAAAUAUUUUGUUGUUGUUA